AUGUCUUCAGAGACAUCUCUGGGCAUCUUGGUCGACGAGAUCGAGGCGCAUGCCUUGCUAGCCCACGAUCGAUGCAGACAUGCCUCCUCAGACUUUGACACGGUCGAGUGGGACAUCACUUGUCUUCGUUUCACGCUCAAAGAGAUUAAACACGAGUUGUCCAAGCCGGUUUCCAAGAUAAGGAGUGCGGAACAAGCGAGACAGGAGGCUCUAGCUACCAUUGUUAAGAGCUACCGGCCUCUUCUGCAUCAAUUACAUCAGUUUGCUACGAAAGAUCAGGGUUUCAAGAAGAAGCGGAUAUGGAGAAGUCACAAGCCCAACUCAGCUGUACUUGACCGCUUCCACAGAGAACUCCAAUUUCAAACCCAAACCAUCAAUUUAUAUCUCUCAACUCUCACGGCGACGAUUAAACCCGGCCCAGCCCAAGAGGCCACUGAUACACUGCAAGCGGUCCAUCAGGGCUCCGAGGUUGAUGCACAAUGGUCGCUGCUGAGACUCAGGCUAAUUGAAGACGGCAUCACAGAUACUGACAUUGAGGCCCACACUACCUCUAUUCGAGCACUCCUACGAGAAAGAUUGCCUUCAUAUCAUGACUUGCCUUCGGGACCUGGUCUUCUGGAGACCGAUAAUUCUUGUGACACAUCAGCAGGCUCGCACGAGAACGUGCUGCAGAGAGUCUCUCAACCAGAGUAUAGCGCAUCGGGAAAAGGUAGAUACAGUGAUCAGGUCGAUCAGGAUCAGGAUCAGCAUGCCCAUUCUGGUGCUUCUACAUCCUUCUCCCUGGGCGUUGCGCCUAAUGCAAGGAACGGGUCGACCAAUAGACCACUUCUGACCAAGGACAACGAACAUUUGUUGACCCGCACCCCUAAUACCCAACCAGCUUCCACACUUAAUAAGUCUGAAGGCGACACAGAUUCGGAAUCUGAAGUCUUGCAUUUUAGUAAAGAGCGCCAUGCCUCUGGUCCAUCGAGUCCACGAUCCACGACUAAAAUGAUCACUCCUAUGCCACAACCAACGCUCUCUUCACACAAACAUCAAUCUUCUGCUUCUCAUGAGGUCGCUCUUGAUGGCGUAAUGUCGGAGCAUCAUGACACCAUCGUUGUUUGGUCCUGCGCUGCAAUUUACCCAGACGAAGCUGCAUUCUUCGACAGUAUAUACAACUUAUCGGUGAGUGUAUGUGGUCUGUGUGGGGAGUUGGUUCGUAAAUCACCAGAUGUGACGCAGCGAAAAAAGCAUUUGAGCAAUAUCCACAAAUGGCAUACCUGCAAUCGUGACCAGCUAUUCUAUCGAGCGGAUGACUUCCGUCGACACCUUAAGCAUACUCAUUAUGCAGUGCCAGGUUGGUGGUCUCAGACGCUAGAACGCAGUGCAAGACGCAAGGUUCACCGACCUCAAACUACUGAUGCUUCCAACCAUCCCUCACCCCCUCAAGGCAGUACCAGGUCUCGUUUGCGUGCACAAUCUUCCACUCAUCAUCAAGAUCUUCCCAACCCAAGUAAUGCCGAGGUAAUGCAAAGACCAUCAUCAACUUUUAACGGGACGGAAUCUAUGCACCGCGUUCACUCUGACAUAUCCGAGUAUGAUGCACAAGGCAAUCUCCUGAAACGUACUAUCACGGACUCGUAUACUUCUGUCGCAGAUGCUGCAGCGCCAUCGUUGGAGCGACAUCGUUCAAGUCCCCGACCACACACCAAACAGGUAUUGAACGCAGCGAAAAAUGCACCAUCCAAAGAAAUUACUCAGGGCAAAUUCGCUCCACCUUUGACGCAAGACCAAAGCCAUCUUGGCCACAGCUGUCCUUUCUGCUCAACGUCUCAGAAGUUCUAUUCUCGUGCUUUAUUGGCUCGCCAUAUAAGCGUAACACACAAAGAUUUCGUUGCGCGCCCGAUCCAGGCUGUAAAGCAUCAGAAACUGAAGCGUGCAUAUAAAAAGCUGCACUCGACACUGCAGUCGUUUUGCCAAAAUAUGGCACAGGCCUCAGAUACUGGCAGGGAGGGCAGCGUGGUAACAGAUCAUGUCAUACAAGUGCUGGAUGAGCUGGAUGACGAAUUUUGGCCAAGCAGCUCUGAAAGCUCUGAAAACUCCGAGAGUGGUGAACAUCCCAGCCUAGAUGACGUUGAUGUCUCGGACAAGGAGGAGGCUUACUCUUAG